UGAGCAGCAAGGACGGGUCAAGACUAUUCCUUUAGAAGUCUGGAAGCACUAGCAAAAGUACAAAAUAGUAAUCCUGGACUUACUUGCUGACACAUACAGCAGAAAAACUUACCUGAUGAGAUCAGUGGAAUGGGGCAUAGCAACUCCCAUUAACUCUCCUUGCAGUUUCCUAGUGAAGUUUUCAUGUAAAUAGUAUGAUCUGCUUUUCUGUUUCAAGUAGAGAUCAUGGUUUUAUUCAGUGAGCAUAACUGAAGAAUCAUAAUGAGUUGUUCCUGCUAGUCUCUGAAUCUUGCAAAAUGUAGUAAAGCUGGAUUAAUUUGAGGGUGGGGGGCAAACUGAAAAUGUUUGCAGAGGAAGAAUGGUAAAAGGCAAAGAGAACCGUAGCUGCCGAAGUAGGACAAGGAGUCAUAAGGUGCCUAAACAAUAAAAAUCCCACAAAAUGCAAAAACACCCUUGAGACUUCAUCACAGAACAAUACAGAAAACUGGAAGCAGUCCAUCUGAGGUCGUCAGAGUCCUUUCGACAUUAAAUGAAACUUCAUUGGCACGAGCCACAUGUUGACUGCAGUGACCACGCCUCCAUCAGUUAAAAUUUGCGAUGAAGAAUGCAGGAUCAACCAUAAGAUUUUAGAGAGGAGGACUGCGCAGGCAAACCUCUGUUCCUUUCAGGGCUCCGUAAAACAUAGCUGUGUUCUUCAGAAAGAAUAUCAAAAUUGUCUUCUGUUCUUGGUAUGAUGCUGGAAAAGUGUUCCUUCUGUAAAAAAGGGGAAUGUAUCAAACCUGUAAAAGUGGAAAAAAAGCCUGGAAAAGCAGCAGCUAAGAUCAGAAUUGAAGCAGAUGGAAGCUAUUUUCAGAUCAAUCAGGAUGGAGGAGCACAAAAACUGGAAAAGGCUAAAAUUACUCUGAACGACUGUUUAGCUUGUAGUGGCUGCAUUACAUCAGCAGAGAGUGUGUUAAUCACUCAACAGAGCCAUGAAGAGCUCUGCAAAAUGCUGAAUUUUAACAAGACUGCCGCUCCCAAUGAGCAGAAAUUGGUGGUGGUUUCUGUUUCACCACAAUCCAGAGCUUCACUAGCUGCAAGAUGUAAAAUGGGUGUUCUGGAAACAGCAAAGAAGCUGACUGCGUUCCUAAAGAGUUUAGGUGUGCACUAUGUUUUUGAUACAACUUUUUCAAGAAACUUCAGCCUAUUGGAGAGCCAACAAGAGUUUGUAAAACGCUUUCGAAAGCAAUCUGAAGACAAAAAGGCUUUGCCAAUGCUAGCUUCUGCCUGUCCAGGUUGGAUUUGCUACGCAGAGAAAACCCAUGGCAGUUUCAUCAUUCCUUAUAUCAGUACCACCAAGUCUCCACAGCAGGUCAUGGGCUCCUUGAUCAAGGGCCAUUUUGCAGAACAGCAGCACUUAACACCUGACCAGAUAUACCAUGUAACAGUGAUGCCCUGUUAUGACAAAAAGCUGGAGGCUUCAAGGCCAGACUUUUUCAGCCAAGAGUACCAAACUCGUGAUGUGGACUGUGUAAUCACCACAGGAGAAGUGCUAAAGUUGUUGGAACAAGAAGGAGUAUCUCUAUCAGAUGUAGAUCCUGCUCCUUUGGAUGCCAUGUUUAGUAGUGCUGCAGAAGGGGAGCUCACGGGCCACUCUGGAGGUGGUUCUGGUGGCUACUUGGAGCACAUAUACAAGUAUGCAGCCAAGGAGCUCUUUGGAAUUCAAGUGGAUACAAUUCAGUACAAACCUUUAAAAAACAAGGACUUCCAGGAGGUGACACUGGAGAAGGAUGGAGUAAUCCUGCUCCAGUUUGCUUUGGCGUACGGGUUUCGAAACAUACAGAACUUGGUGCAAAAGCUGAAGCGAGGGAAAUCGCCCUAUCACUAUGUUGAAGUCAUGGCCUGCCCAUCAGGCUGUUUAAAUGGAGGUGGUCAGAUCAAACUAGAUGGUGAAUCCAGCAAGGACCAGCUUCAGCAAGUUGAGAGGUUGUAUGAGUCUCUUAAGACUGAAAUUCCAGAGAAGAACCGGACUGUAAAUGAACUCUACGAGCGGUGGCUGGGUGGCGCGGAGUCAGAAAAGGCUGCGAAAGCUUUGCAUACAGAGUACCACGCAGUGGAGAAAACAAACACUGGAUUUAACAUCAAAUGGUGAAGACGGACGCUGUGAAGCCCAGAUACAGAUACUCAGUGCCUUUUUAACUCAAUCAUAUUUAAGAUUCUCAAAAGACAGUUCAAGUUCUGUCCCAUCACUGGGAGUUUGCAAUUCUGACUCUCGUUAGGGAUCAGAAGGUAAUGUGCACAUAGGCAGGCAAUGUUGAUUCCUACAGCUUUAUAAUUAUUGAAGUGAUGUAAAUAAAAACCAAGCACUACUUAAAACAUGUCAAAAGAAGCAGUAAUGCAUCCUAGCCUCUGCCCAGUCUGUGAGGACUGAAUGCGAACUGCCCUUACAACCCUGUUCCUGCCAGAACUGAUGAAUUUAAGGUACUGAAGGACUGGGGUCACGGUAGGCUGUAGCCUCACCGAGAUGAGCUUUAUGCUAGAUGACAGUAUUACUCCUCCAGGCCUUGCUGUAUUUCACAGCACGAAGUUUUAUGGCUGUCUCUGUCGGGACAUCCUCAUUUAGUUAUAAAUGGUCUAAUUAGACCUUGGGUUCUGUUUUUCCAUUUCACUGCCCCUGACUGGCUGCCCUUGAGGUCCAGCUGCAGUAUCUUUACCCUGUCAGAGGGGGUGGGCACCAGCAGCCUGGGAUCACGUGAGAAGCAUCAUCUCUAGGGCUGUUUUAUUGCCUGCUGAAAUGUGAACUGAAUGAAUGUUUAAGAAGAAAAAGCUAGUGAUUUUUUUUCCCCUUUAAUUACAACAAUUGUCUCUAACUGUGUGCAAUUACAUCCCUUUCUCUCCCUAAAUACACAGUAGAGAGAGUGACAGAAUUGUCACAUCUGCCCUAUCCUCAGCUGCCCAUUACUGAUGGAUAAUAUCCUUAAAUUCAGAGAAAACAAUUUUUUACAGUGUUUGAAGUAAGAAUGUACUGCCAGCUUUCUUUCCAAUGAAGGACAAAGUCCUUGGUGUCUCUGAAAGGUGUUACUUCACAAAAGUUAAUAGCAGGCGGCUGUGAAAUGUAAUCAUUACAAGAAGUAGUUUACCAGAACAAUCCAAGAGGUUAGUAAAGACACAUCUGGUUUAACGCAGCGUAUGACGAUGCCUUGCCUGAAGACAGAUGGAUGUGAAACAGAUUUGGUCUUUUGUUACUGGAGAUGACGUGUGUUUGUCUUGCUAUCUGUAUCUUUACAUACGGGUAUUUUCAGAACUAUUCACCGAAAAACAACUGAAUGAAUAACUCUCUGUUGGUCUGUUUAAUCUGAAUAUCAGUUUUUCUGGAGUUACAAUGCGUAUGGGGAGGGGAAGGCAGCAGUGGGAGGAUUGGCAGCUGUACCUGAACUCCAGGGGAAGGGACGCUGGCAGAUGUGGUAUCUCUCCUCGUGACUGCUGUAGCUGCGUGAACGUGAACUUAAAAAUCGCGUUAUUGAAUCACUUCAGUAUUUCUCCCUUUUCCAGUUCCUGCUCUGUGAGGAAGAAGGACUGUGCGGAAAGUAAGAGUUAAGUGGAUGAAAACUGAAAACAAAGCUGCCACAUUGCUUUGUUCCUUCAGAGUAAACGCAGAGAGAUGGAGGUGGUUACUGCAUCUAGCCCAGACUGAAACCUUGCCCGGACCCUCGUCAGAGAUAACCCUCACCCAGUUACUGCCCACCCUGAGCUUAGGGCUGUCAAAAGCAAAGC